UUUAGAGCCAGCCGUACUUCUCGCAUCAUGAAUUCCAUCGGAGGGAGAGGUAGAAGUAGAACUCUCCCCGUCAAGGGCCUCUACAACUCUGCUUCCUCUCUCUCUCUCUCUCUCUUUCUUGUACACAGUACACACACACUCUGCACAGUUCUUUCAUAGUAUUCCAUCUUGCCCAAGUACUUUUCUUAGCUGCCUGAAAUGAGUGGAAGUGAGAUGGGUUUAGCUUCUGUUGUGCGGGGAGAAGCUUGGGAAGAAAGAGAGAGAGAGAGAGAGAGAGUGGAACGCUUCAUGGUCGAGAAGCUUCUUGGUGGGUUUUGUUGUGACAAAAAGUAAGGCAGUGAACAGUUUUGUAUUUAUUGCCUUCUUUGGGUCCGGAAUUGUGAUGUCUUUGAUUGAUUGUUGAUGUUUUAGUUAUUUUUUGCAUUUAUCAUAUGCAUUGAAUGCUGCAUGCGGCGGCCAUUUACGCUGGAUUCAGUCAGGGGUUUGAAUCCAUGAGCAAUUUCAGGACUGGGGUUGUUGGUGGAUCGAAUUUUUAGCCAUCCUGCCAUGGGUUUUGUUUUCUUUCCAGCGAGUCUGUUCUGGUAUGUAUUUUCUAUUGGUUUGGUGUGAAUGAAAUUUUUUGGGUGGGCGUGAUAAGGGUUAGGGCUAGGGUGUGUUCUUCUUUGGGGGUUUCAUAUGGUUGGGAUCUCGGGUUUUAGGAUGCAGUUCUUCUGGUGGGUGGCUUUGUUGGUUGUUUUCUGUGCUUUGGAUUCUUCACUGGGGCAGUCUGAACUGGAUUAUUUGCUGGAGUUCAAGAAAGGGAUUGAGAAGGACCCGUUUGGUCAUUUGGAUUCUUGGAAAAAAGAUUCAGUUGAUUCAAAUGGUUGCCCCAGCAAUUGGUUCGGGAUCGAAUGCCAAAAUGGGUCAGUCACCAAGAUUACAUUGCCCGGUGCAGGUUUGGUGGGGACUGUGAACUUCUCGAUGAUCAGUAAACUGAAAACUCUCGGCAAUUUCUCGCUGCCGAACAACCUUCUUCGUGGUGGACUUACACCAGACAUUGGGUCGAUGGCAUCAUUAGAGUACUUGGAUCUAUCUGGUAACUUCUUGGAUGGGAAGGUGCCUAGCAGCUUGUCCAACCUGCAGAGUUUGGCUUAUCUGAAUCUGUCAUCAAAUAACCUCAGUGGAAACCUCCCUUCUGGCUUUGAGAAGCUUCACCGAUUGACGUACAUUGAUCUGCACGCGAACAACUUAGAGGGUGAUAUAGGCAGUUGGUUUUCGCAGUUGCAGAAUGUGGUUCUUGUUGAUCUCAGUUUCAAUAAGUUCAGUGGAUCAUUUCCAAAAAAUAUAAACAAUCUCACGUUUAUUAGGUCAAUCGGGCACAUGAAUAUGAGCCACAAUUUGUUGUCUGGGUCGCUUUUCACUCCCAAUGUGAAGCCGUUGUUUGACAACUUGCAAGUGUUUGAUGCAAGUUUUAAUCAGCUCUCUGGUGACAUCCUUGCUUUUAGUUCCAUGUUUGCUCUUCAAGUUCUGCGGCUUCAGGGUAAUCUAUUUUCGGGGGAUCUGCCCGUAGUACUCUUUAAAGAAAAUUCUAUGGUCUUGAGUGAACUGGAUCUUAGCCUCAACCGGUUCCAAGGCCCUGUUUCUAGCAUUACAUCUUCAACCUUAAAGGUGCUGAAUCUUUCCUCAAAUGAGCUGGCAGGCACCUUGCCCAAGUCAAUAGGAAAUUGUGCUGUUGUGGAUUUAAGUAAUAACAAGCUCUCAGGCAAUAUAACUGGCAUUCAGUCAUGGGGGAACUAUGUUGAAUUUGUUGAUCUCAGUUCAAAUUCAUUGUCAGGAACCUUGCCAAAUCAAACUUCUAAAUUUUUGAGGUUGACCACCAUAAAAUUGUCCAACAAUUCACUGGAAGGAGAACUUCCCAACGUAAUGGAAACUUACCCAAAGCUAAAUCAUGUUGAUCUUAGUCAUAACAAACUGACCGGACAUCUUCUGACAGGCAUCUUCACAUCAUCAACAUUGACCUAUGUAAAUCUUUCUGGAAACCACUUUACUGGAUCAAUCACUUUCCUGAGCUCCCAAGCAUAUAUUUCUGCACCAUCAGAUACACCUUUGCUUCCUAGCCAAAAUUCAAGCCUUGAUGUUCUUGACCUUUCUAAUAACUUGCUGAGUGGCUUGUUGCCUCCUGAUAUUGGUAGCCUUGUCAAUCUACAAGUACUGGAUCUUAACAAGAAUGAUUUUUCAGGACCAAUUCCCAGUGAAAUAAGUAUGCUUAAAAACUUGGUCUAUCUUGAUCUGUCUAACAACCAUCUAAAUGGUAGCAUCCCUGAUGGUUUUUCUCCAAGACUUCAAGAAUUCAAUGUGUCUUACAAUAACUUGUCUGGCAAUGUUCCUGAUAAUUUGUUGAAGUUUCCUGAUUCCUCAUUUCAUCCAGGAAACCCUUUGUUAAUUUUGUUGUCUCCUUCACCCAAAGAUGGACCAGAUCAUGAUGACAAGGGAAAACAUCAGAACCAUUUGAAGCGUGUGGUUUUGGAGGCACUGAUUGCAGGCUCAAUAGGUGGAGCAAUUGUUAUACUAAUAUUGUUUCUGCUUAUUACUUACAAGCCUAGACCUUACAGAAGGGAUGAUCAACAGAAUUCUAACAAUAAAAUCAGUGGGAGGGAUGUCAAUAUUGACAGAUCUUCUAGGCCACAUGCUUUCGGAUUUCAGAAAAAUGCAGAGGCUAUGCCAACGUCUUCAAGCUUUUCUACUGAUCACCUUCUUUCUUCUGAAGGGAGAUCACUGUCUGCACUUGGGGAUGUUGCUCUGGCUGUAAGUGAACCUGUUGAACAAGGAUUUUCCCAGUCAACAAAAGGACCUGUCCAAACUGCAAAAUCUUGUGCAGGGGAAAGUUUGCCUCCUCGCAGUUCGAAGAGAACAUCUCUUGGCUUUUCAUGUUCACCGUCUGCUGAUGCCUCAUCAUUGUCUGAGAAUCCUGCUAGCUUGAAGGUGCCCUCACCUGAUAGGUUGGCUGGGGAUCUGCAUUUCUUUGAUACCUCUUUCGUGUUCUCUGCUGAGGAACUCUCACGUGCACCUGCAGAAGUCCUUGGUAGAAGCAGCCAUGGAACAUCCUACAAAGCUACACUUGACAAUGGCCAUAUGCUGACAGUAAAAUGGCUCCGAGAAGGUCUUGCUAAACGCAGGAAGGAAUUUGCUAGGGAAGCAAAGAAGCUUGGAAGCAUCAGGCAUCCAAAUAUUGUUUCCCUUAGGGGCUACUAUUGGGGUCCAAAGGAACACGAGAAGCUCAUUGUGUCAGAUUAUAUCAGUGCACAUACUUUGGCUCACUACCUUUUUGAGCCUGAGUCUAGGAAGCUUCCACCACUCUCUGCAAAUCAACGCCUCAAGGUGGCUAUUGAUGUUGCUUGCUGUCUCAACUACCUUCACAAUGAGGGAGGCCUUCCACAUGGAAAUCUUAAAGCGACAAACAUCUUGCUUGAACCUCCCAGCUUGAAUGCUGUCCUGACUGAUUACAGCCUUCACCGUCUGAUGUCACCUGCUGGCACAGCAGAACAGAUACUAAAUGCUGGUGCACUUGGGUAUCGAGCCCCUGAACUGGCCCUUGCAGAAAAGCCACUCCCAUCUCUAAAAGCGGAUGUUUAUGCUUUUGGUGUGAUCCUAAUGGAGAUCUUGACUGGAAAAUGUGCUGGAGAGAUAAUAUCUGCAAACUCUGGGGUUGUUGAUCUCACCGACUGGGUCAAACUGUUGGCUACUGAAGAUCGAAGGAGUGAGUGUUUCGACCAGCUAAUUCCUGGGGUUGAAAGCCCUGGUGAGCAUCGGAGAGGGCUGGAGACCAUGCUUGAAGUCUCUCUCAGAUGCAUUCUUCCAGCAUCUGAAAGACCCAAUAUCAGGAUGGUCUUUGAUGAUCUGAACUCUGUGGUGCUAUGAGACUGUGAACAGAUGUGCAGAUUCGCAUGUACAUUAUCUACUGAUUCAGCGUAACUGAAGAGCAAUCUCUUUGCGGAGCCAUGGGAAGGCCAUGUAUCUUAGAUGGUCUCAGCUUUCAGAUGCCAGUCUUCCUUUCCCUGGGUUUUUUUGAGUCUGUGCUCUAACCCUCCAUUCUUUCUUCUUUCCAUGCAAUUGAUUUAUUGUUUGGGUGACGCCUCGUUGGUGGUAUUGUGGGGUUUGGAACUGGAUGCAGAUUAAUUGAAGUUGAGUGGUGGUAUUGAUUUGUC